AUGUCUGAUCUCUCCACUCAACUUACAGCUCCGAACGGCCGGGAGUAUACCCAGCCGUUAGGCCUGUUCAUCAACAAUGAAUUUGUGGCUUCCAGGUCUGGCGAGAAAAUAACCUCAAUCAACCCUACUAACGAAUCCGAGAUAGUUUCUGUAUAUGCCGCAGGGGCAGAAGACGUCGACAUUGCAGUUAAGGCCGCUAGAAAGGCCUUAAAAGACCCGUCGUGGAAGGGAUUAUCCCCAACUGAGCGAGGCAAGCUCAUGAUUAAGCUCUCAGAACUAGUCGAGCAACAUAUUGAAACACUAGCUACCAUUGAAGCCUGGGACAACGGUAAGCCAUACUCUGUUGCUCUCGGUGAGGACUGUGCCGAGGUCGUGGAGACCUUGAGGUUCUACGGCGGGUUUGCAGACAAGGUCUACGGCAGCACCAUAAGUACUACUCCCGCCAAAUUUGCAUACACCUUGCGUCAGCCAAUUGGUGUUGUUGGCCAAAUCAUCCCAUGGAACUACCCGCUUAUGAUGGCCGCGUGGAAACUCGGACCCGCUCUUGCAUGCGGCAACACAGUCAUCCUUAAACCGGCAGAGCAAACUCCGCUUAGUAUCUUGUAUUUCGCCAAUCUGGUGAAGGAAGCUGGCUUUCCUCCAGGCGUCGUGAAUAUCUUGAACGGAUUUGGUAAAGACGCUGGUGCUGCCAUCGCGUCUCACACGGAUAUCGACAAAAUUGCAUUUACUGGAUCCACCGCGACUGGUCGACAAAUAAUGAAAAUGGCUGCCGUAAACAUGAAGAAUAUUACCUUGGAAACUGGCGGGAAAUCACCUCUUCUAGUAUUCGAAGACGCCGACAUCGAGCAAGCGGCCAAGUGGGCUCAUAUUGGCAUCAUGUCGAACAUGGGUCAGAUUUGUACGGCUACUUCCCGUAUUCUGGUGCAUGAUUCGAUCCAUGAUAAGUUUGUCAAACAGUUUAAAGAGAUUGUUGCGUCAACUAGCAAGGUGGGCGACCCGUUUGCCGACGACACUUUCCAAGGCCCCCAGGUUACGAAGGCGCAGUACGACAGGGUCCUUUCGUACAUCGAAGCCGGCAAAUCAGAAGGUGCCAAAUUGGAAGCAGGCGGCGUACCACACAAGAAUGUCGGCAGCGGCAAGGGGUUUUUCAUAGAACCCACCAUUUUCACUGGUGUGAGCGAUAACAUGAAGAUCUACCGGGAGGAGGUGUUUGGGCCAUUCGUCGUUAUCGCCAGUUUUAGCACUGAGGACGAAGCAGUGUCCAAGGCGAACGACACAACAUAUGGCUUGGGUGCCGCAGUAUUCACGCGAGACAUCGAGCGCGCUCACCGCGUGGCGUCGGAAAUCGAAGCAGGUAUGGUCUGGAUCAACAGCAGUAAUGAUAGUGAUUUCCGGGUUCCAUUUGGCGGCGUCAAGCAGAGUGGAAUCGGAAGGGAACUUGGCGAGGCUGGAUUGGACGCCUACUGCCAGACGAAGGCCGUGCAUGUGAAUUUGGGCACCAAGCUGUAA